AGGAGGGAGGAAAGGGGGGCCGUGGUUCUUCUCCCCCCUCCAGCUCCUUCAUCCCUCCUCCCUUCCUGGAGGACAGAGCGAUGCGGAGACAAUAGGACGCAGAACCGCAGGAAGAUGCAGGAUGCACGGCGGCUCCUUCGCGGACGCUCGGAGGCUCCAGAGAGAACAGCGCGACCUCUCGGCUCCUUAGGCCGGGGCAUGUGCACGGAUCGGGGGGUAGUGCUGAGCGGCUGAAUGACCAUGGUCCUCGUCUGAAUGUGAAGCCUGCUCUCCACUGCUGCUGCUGCUGCUGCUCUUGAGCCAGAGCGUUUGUCUCAAACUUCACCCACCUCACUGAUCAGCAUGAGCUCCUCCCCACUAACAACGCGAGCCAACAUGGACAUCCUUGAUGAGCUCCAGCUCAUUGCCGCUCAAAACCUGGAGAGGCUGGAGGUCAACAAGUACUAUGAAGUCAUCCGAGAGCUGGGCAAGGGCACCUACGGGAAGGUGGACUUGGUGGUCCACAAGAUUCGAGGUACCAAGAUGGCGCUGAAGUUCCUGAAGAAGAAGACCACCAAAUUGAAGUCCUUUCUUCGGGAGUACAGCAUCUCUCUCUACCUGUCUCCGUGCCCCUUCAUCAUCAACAUGUUUGGCAUCGCGUUUGAGACCGAUGAAUACUACGUGUUUGCACAGGAAUACGCUCUGGCUGGCGACCUCUUCGAUAUCAUUCCUCCACAGGUUGGUCUUCCUGAGACAGUGGCGAAGCGCUGCGUCCACCAGGUGGCCAUCGCCCUGGACUACCUCCACUGUAAGAAGCUCGUCCACCGGGACAUCAAGCCCGAAAACAUCCUCAUUUUUGACAGAGAGUGUCGGAAGGUAAAGCUUUCCGACUUCGGUAUGACCCGCCGCGCCGGAUCGCCCGUUAAACGAGUGAGCGGCACCAUCCCCUACACUGCCCCUGAACUCUGCGAUGUCUCCCGACACGAGGGGUUCUGCGUCGACUACAGCACCGACGUCUGGGCCUUCGGAGUUCUGCUCUUCUGCAUGCUGACUGGCAACUUUCCCUGGGAGAAGGCCUUGCCCAUGGACUCCUUCUACCAGGAGUUCAUCCGCUGGCAGAAGAGAAGAACAAACACGGUACCGUCCCAGUGGAGGCGCUUUACGGAGCAGGCCCUUCGCAUGUUCAGGCGCCUGCUGUCGCUGGAGCAGGACAGACGCUGCUCUGUGAAGGAGGUGUUCGGCUACUUCAGUCACACCUGGAUGCUGGACGGGGAGAACAACAACAUCAACGCUGCAAGCGGAGGAGCUGGGGAAAGGAAUGGCGCGGGCGCAGGAGGAGGACGAGGUGAUCCGGAUGCCAACAUAUCAUCAUCCUCGUCUGCUGAGGAAGAAGAGGAGCUUCUGGUGGAGAGGAUGAAGCAACAGACUCUGUCUCCUCUCUCCCCAAUGUCACCUCUUUCUCCCAUGUCUCCGGUGGUCCCUGAUAGGGGCAGCAUCGGAGGAGGCGUCAGCACGGCUAAAGGAGGCAUGGAACAUUUUGUAUCAGUCUCCACCAACAGCUCUGUGUCUUCCACCAACAGCUACGACCGAAUUCCUCGAGAAAACAACUCGCCGGGCGGGCGAGUACUCGUGACCACGCCCAUUGAAAUCUGCGUCUGAGCCCCGCCCUCUUUGAUAGCGCUCGUAUCACAUGUGCAUGCGUAGAACAGUGAGUCUGCACACAAUGACGGAGAUCCCUCCAGAAGUGUCAAUUUCCCUCAAAAUGUCACUGAAGAUUUCCAAUGAUGCGUGAACAGUGUGGGACGCCGGAGGGCACUAAUAAAGAUGCUUCGGCUACACAUUAAGUCCAACAAAAAAAAAGACCCAAAUCCCUUUUUUUUCUAGAGCAAUACCUCGAGCAAAAACAGCGGGACCUCAGAGUGACACUAACCAGACUCCAGAGGACUAGCAGCUGCUGCAGGAAACAAAUGUGCGGUGACUUUCAACUUAAAAGUGUGUGUGUGAGUUUCAACUGUUGUGUUCACUUUUAGUUCAAAUGUACCUCUUCUUUUUCCUGUGGGUUUCUUCCGUUGAAUGAGUUGCGUUUUUGUAUCCCCAACUUUGUUCAUAUCAACGUGGCAGUUGAGUUUUCUACUUUUAUUAAUUCACUGGAGCAGAAGUGUAAAUGUUUUCCAGCUUUCUGUUUCAAAUAAUGAUGAUCUCACAGGAGGACAACGUGAGACACGUCAUGUAGCCCAUCGUAAGCACUGAGUUGUGGGUGAAACUAUCCACAGUGAAAUACCUCGUGAAUAUUGUGGGCUGUUCUCCUAGGUAUGUUGCUGCUUUAAGAACUUCUCCCACAUUUGUGUUCACAGGCGAAAAUACGACAAUAGAACCGACAUAGAGGAAGAAGAAAAAAAGAUUUUGAAACUGAGGGGUUUUUUUUGUGGUGCAUGAGAUUCUUUCAGAACAUAUGAACAACUUUCAGGCAAAACGAUUUGGUAGUGAUGUGUUUAUUGUAUCAUGUCUUAGAGUGACAUCCCCCUGUUUGAAACUCCCAAGACAUUCUAGGGCUAAAAUCUGGAUUAGUUUCUCCUCUGUGUAUGUUUGUGUUAGCUGUUAUUGUUGUAGUGUCAUCUUGCCACAUUUAAGAAACUGGAGAAAAAAAAGCAUGACUACAUGGAUCACUUAAUGUUCAAGAUGGUGUUUUGCCACUUUUGCUACAGUUCAAAAACAUCCGCUCAACAGCUAAAAUGUGUAGGAAUCGGGGCAGUAGAGAGCACACUUCCUUCCCGGACCAGUCCUGGAUCGGUGACGAUGGCGACUCCGUCUUGUGAUCAUCUCUGACCUCAUCGUGACCCUCCCACUGAAACAAAGAGCCUUCCUGACACCGACACUGUGUUGCACUGUUGCGGGCUUCACAUGACUGUGGUCACUCGACCUCUUUGUCACCCUCCCUCUCCAGCCAGCUCCCAUAAUUCAGAAUUUGACAAACAGCAUUUAAUGUGAUGCAGGUUUUAGUGGCAGAAAGGGAAGCAGUGAAAGGCUUUCCAAAUGAUAAAUCAUUAAACAUCAACGCUAUACCAAUGGUUUUGUGGCGUGUGUAUGGCAUCGUGCGAACCCCGAGGCACCUCAAAAUAGUGACAUUUCUAUGAUACCUAAUUGAGAAAUUGUCUUUUCCAGACUCUAUAUAUUUCAGACACCUUCAUCAUCACACAGUCUUUCGACUACCCGACAUGGAGGACGGGAAACAUGUUAUUAUGGAAAUGCAUGACCCCCAUAACGCAGACUAAAUUUAUAUUGCAGCCUCAACGUUCCUUUUCAACAGGCUCUGGCCGAGACACCAGAUUUAAAAUGGUACAUUCUCCAGCAAGGCACAGAGCACCACUUUCUCCUUUUGUCUUUGCAAUUCAAAUGUCUUCCUGUAAACUGAAAUUCACUUGUUCAAAAAAUAAAUUGUUGUCGAAGAAUUACUGGUCCUGGAUU